AUGAUACCUACGGAAAUUCUCUAUCGUAUUUUUGAUAAUCUUGACACUGAAACUAUUGUAUUUUCAAUACAAUGUGUAUGUAAACGAUUAUAUGCGGUUGCCAAUACUUAUCAAAAGUACAAGUUACAAUUGAAAUUUAUCUCUCAACAUAAAUUUUAUAUGGUUUGCCGUGCUAUUCGUCCGGACAAUGUCAUCUCACUCAUUCUUUCUGAUGGUAAUAAAACGCCUGGUCAAAUAAGAUUAUUUUUUUCUCUUUUUCGUAUCCAAGAUUAUACUCGACUUCAAACAAUAACUCUUAUUCUAAUCACAGAAGUCGAUUUGAAGACUAUUUUAGAGCAUAUGACUACACUUAAUUCUCUUAUUUCUCUAUCGAUUACAUUUGAUGAAAAUUCAUUUUAUAGCACUGAAAUAGUUCAUUUACUUUCAUCAGUUAUUGGACGACGUAGCCUUCGGAAACUUGAUUUAACUAUGAAAGAGAAUAUGAUCAAUGAUCUAGUGUGGCCUGUCGAAUGUUCAUUUCAACAUCUAAGACUAUUUGCCAAUGUCGAUAUUGAACAACUUUGUACGAUUCUUCAUUGUUCAUCUCAUCUCAAAACCAUCAGUAUAAGAGAUUGCAUUAUUAGUAAUCUUACUCAACUCGAAAGUAUUGUUUCGAAUGGUACAAGGUAUCCGCAAGUGACUUCACUUACAUUGGAAGACAUUCAAACAGACAUGGAAAUGAUUAAACUUCUUCUGUCGUUAACACCUUCUUUAGUCCAUCUGAAAUUGAUAGGUCAUGGAACAGCGCUUUUCAAUGGUUCUCAUUGGGAACAGUUUAUAAAGGCAAAACUACCGGCUUUAGACAGAUUCGAAUUUAUGAUUCAUAAAAAUGUCGAUGUCAGUCUUGAUUCUGAUGAUUUAGAGUCUCUCAUUGCACCAUUUCGUACUCCAUUCUGGCUUGAAACCAAACAUUGGCAUGUUACUUGUGUUGAUAUUAGACAAUGCUUAGUUGUUAACCUUCAUUCAAUUCCAGUGUGUGCGUCAAAAGUCGAUUACUAUCCAAAAUCGUAUAAGAUUUCAUGUUCCACUGCUCCAGCAUUGGAUUGUGAUUCGAAAAAAAUGGAUAAUAUUCGUCAAUUACGCAUAAAUUUAUCAGAAAUGAUGGCUCAUGAUGCUAUCGAACAGGUUCGAAUAAAAAAGAAUGAACAAACAAAUUUUGGUCUACAACUGUAUCUAUAG